UCUGCAUUUUGUUCUGGCUCUGGAUCCUGCAAGUCACUUGAGUCGCUCUUUAGUUUGCGGGCUAGUAGCAUCAUCUGCAAUAGUGCCAUAUUUAACAUUGUCCUCAAGAGCUUCAACUGUUGAACAAACUCUGCCAUCCUUACACUUGAAGUGGUAUAAUCAAGUUAUCAGAGUUUGUCUAGUUUGUACAAUUUGUGUGAUGUUUAUGUGAAUCUUGCGCUAACAUAUCCGUAUUUUCUGAACUUUAUUGUUAGUCUGACUCUGCAUUUAGUAACUUAAUGCUAACGUAAUGAAUUUGCAGCUUAUUGGCGUUACUGAUCAAGCUGAAAAAGAUGAGGUUGUUAAAUCAGUGAUGGAUUUGAAGAGUGCUGAAAUUGAAGAAGGUUACACCAUGGAUGCUUUUGCAUCUCGCCAGGGUCUUUUAAUGGAUGUGAGAGAUAAACUUCUUUUUGAACCAGAAUAUGCUGGUAAUAUUAAGGAAAAGAUCCCACCUAAAUCUUCCCUACGAAUCGCUUGGGCUUGGUUGCCAGGUGCUCUUUGCCUCCUUCAAGAGGUUGGAGAAGUUAAGCUUGUGCAAGAUAUUGGUCAUGUAGCUGUUCAGCAUCCAGAUGCUAAGCCGUAUGUUCAUGAUCUUCUUCUUUCUAUGGCACUAGCGGAGUGUGGAACUGCAAAGAUUGGUUUUGAGAAGAACAAGGUGUCCCAAGGAUUUGAAGCUCUUGCUCGUGCACAGAGCCUUCUAAGGAGUAAAAAGUCUUUUGGGAAAAUAACAUUGUUAUCUCAGAUAGAAGAAUCUUUGGAGGAGGUUGCACCUGCUUGCACAUUGGAAUUGCUAGGCAUGCCUCACUCACCUGAGAAUGCUGAAAGAAGAAGAGGAGCAAUUGCAGCCUUGCGUGAAUUGGUCAGACAGGGGCUUGGUGUGGAAACGUCGUGUCGAGUUCAAGACUGGCCAUACUUCUUGAGCCAAGCAUUUAAUAGACUAAUGGCUUUGGAGAUAGUUGAUCUUCUUCCAUGGGAUGACUUAGCUAUUACACGGAAGAAUAAGAAAUCACUUGAAUCACAAGAUCAAAGGGUUGUUAUUGAUUUUAAUUGUUUCUACAUGGUGUUGAUAGCUCAUAUUGCCCUGGGGUUUUCAAGCAAGCAAAAGGAAUUGAUUGACAAAGCAAAGACUAUUUGCGAGUGUCUGAUUGCAUCAGAGGGUACUGAUCUGAAACUUGAGGAAACUUUUUGCUUGUUCGUUCUUGGUCAGGAAAGUGGAACUGAGAAGCCUAUUGUUGCUUUUAUUGCUGGACUAACUGCUCCUCCUGGCCUUCGUAUGGGUCAUGCUGGAGCUAUUGUGUCAGGAGGGAAGGGUACAGCACAAGACAAAAUCAAGACCCUUAGGGAAGCUGGGGUGACAGUGGUUGAGUCUCCAGCAAAAAUAGGGGUUGCGAUGCUUGAUGUCUUCAAACAGAGGGGCCUUGUGAAUUAGCUUGGACAAUAUCUGUUCAUUGGCGGUCACCUGCCUAUAAUGUUUAUGGCAAGAUGCCCAAAACAACAUGAUUAUCUCCAAUUCUUCACUGAUUAUAACUGUGGUAGAGCAUUUGAGUGCUCAGAGUUUUCCCCUGCCGUUUGCCACAUUGGGUGGUGUUUGGGGAUCCAUUAAUUUGUUUAUGAGAUUGUUUUCAUGCAUGAUGAAGUGAUUUUGAAGGGUGUCCAGAAUACAAAUAUAAGCUCUUGCAAUAGAGAAGCUAAGGGCAUGGUUGACA